GAUCAAAAUGAUCCGCUCGAACACGCCCAACGGCAUCCACGAAAUGAAGUCAUGGGCGUUGAUAGGGCAGACCGAAUGUUUCCGCUAUGCUACUGGCUAGCUAGUUAGCUUACUAGGGGAGGCUGCCUUCGUGGAUUUGCAUUACACUUCAAUGGAUGACCGGACCGAUGGAUGGGUGUCUGAUGGAUGUUUGAAGCAUGUAGACGAGAGUCGCCCUGGUCCACCGAACGCAUGGGUAGAAGAUGAUCAACACCACCAGUACGAGGAAGCGCAGACGGAGAAAACGGGUCCGAACGUCACUCCAUAGUCUACUAGCAACAAACUUUUGAGCAGUCACCGCUAAUGACACUAGCCAGCUUGCUGCUAGCUAGGUGACUAGCUAGCUAACUACACAGCUAGCUAUUAUAUCAAAAAUGAGCUAGCUCGUUGUCUAAUUAGGGGACUUCUAGAGAACGGCGUUGUUAAGGAGUGUCUUGUUCGUGUUUAGUUAGCUAGCUAAAGAUUGGUACGGUUAGCUAAGUUAGUGAACGUUGGCUAGCUAGCUAACGACAUUAUUCGCUGGACAUUGACCUUGUGCACUGGCUAAUAACCAGCUAGCUAGUUAACUAGCUAGUCCGUUAGCAGCAGUGCCAGACAAAUUCUUUAAGAAAUGUGCCAGCCAACAAGGCCGAUGUAAUUACGUGAAACUAACGUUAGUCAGCUGAGUGGCACUUUUGCUAACGUUAUCCUUAGCGAACGUUAGCUACAUCCGCAAUCUCUACACGAACCGGCUUAUCUGGAAUAUUCCGCUAAACGUUUGCUAGUCAGCUAUUAACAAGCUCUGGUACACAGUUAAAAAAAAAAAAUACCGGUCCUCCAGAAUUUGUUUCUUUCUACAUUUCUGUAAUAGUUAUGGUCUGUGUGUUGAUAUCAAUGGUAAACGUGUUUGAAUAGCUGUUUUUCAAGUUUAGCGUUUAGUUAUCCUUAUUUUUGGGCCUGUUGCUCUUGUUUUACAUUUACAUUUUUGUCAUUUAGCAGACGCUCUUAUCCAGAGCGACUUACAGUUAGUGAAUACAUAUUUUUUUAUACUGGCCCCCCGUGGGAAAUGACCCCACAACCCUGGCGUUGCAAACGCCACGCUCUAUCAACUGAGCUACAUCCCUGCCGGCCAUUCCCUCCCCUACCCUGGACGACGCUGGGCCAAUUGUGCGCCGCCCAUGAGUCUCCCGGUCGCGGCCGGCUGCGACAGAGCCUGGAUUCGAACCAGGAUCUCUAGUGGCACAGUUAGCACUGCGAUGCAGUGCCUUAGACCACUGCGCCACUCAGGAGUCUCUUGUCACUUGAGUCUACUCUGGUAUUGGCAUAGCCAGCAGAUCCGACCCACUUGCUGACAGCUGUACUAGGAUCAGAAAGCAUUUCUUUGUAUAUUAAGACACCAAGGAGAUAUGGCUCAGAAAACGUACUGCAAUUCAGGGAUGAAAAAUGCAUUGUACUCCGAAUUGUCCCAUUAUCCCAACUGUUACACCGAGAAGAUUAGCAGUCAUUAAAUCUUCUCAGUGUAACAGUUGGGAUAAUGGGACAAUUCAGAGUACAACGCAUUUUUCAUCCCUGAAUUGAGGUAAGUUUUCUGAGCCAUAUCUUGUGCUGACUCCUUGGUGUCUUAAUAUACACAGGAAUGCUGUCUGACCCUAGUACAGCUGUAAGCAAGUGGGUCAGAUCUGCUGGCUAGCAUUGGCAAUGACAUGUAUCUAGUCAUGAGGGCCUGACUGUCUCUUUCGAAUGUAUUCACAUUUAAUAUUGAAAAUAAAUUUAAACAAUACAUGAAUUAACACUUUCAAUAUCAGAUUUUGCAUUGUCUGCAGGAAAAUGGCAGGCGCAUCAGAGUUUAGCCAUACGACUUCAUUGGAUAGCCUGUAUCGUUAUGGACAUAGAAAAACCAGGCGUGUAUUCAGUUGGGUGAAGAUUGUUUAACAAAUCUAGGCCUGUUGCAAGUAUAGUGUAUUUGAUUGUAGUUGUGUGUUUUCUUGUCAUGUCAUCAGGUAAUGGAAAAAUAAAUGGAACCCCAGUGGAGAGAGAGGACAACCCUUCUGCCCCUGUUCCUGUGGAUGCCCUUCAUUACUCGAGCAGCAGACAACUUAAAACUUCUAACUUGAAACCAAAACCUCCUGGGAAGCUCCUCGCCACUCACAGAAAAGGCAGUAGCAAUAGCCAUUUUAAGAACAGUAUGAACUGCAAAAAUGACACGCCUUCAGAGUUGAAAACACGUGAUAGCAAGAGUGAGUCCAUUGCUUUACCAAAUGGCGUUGUGCUCCUCAACCCUGGCCUUUAUGCUAAUGGUUACCCCAGCAAGCCUGGACCAGACAGUGGUGGCAGUGGUUCUGAGAAUGGAUACAUCACUCCCAAAAAACGCUGGGCUCAGCGGAGUGCAAUGGCUGAGGAGAGUGUGACUGCUGGGCAGGAGAAGGCUGUGCUACAGGCAGCUAUGGUCCCUAACAAACAUGAGAUGGAGCCUCACACUCCAGAGGCUGCCGAAACCGCAGCAGAAUCUCAGUCUCCCACCUCCAUCACAGGUGUCCCACCUGUGGUACAGGCCCCUGUGGAUCAGGUUGGUGAACUACAGUGUAAGAACUCUGAGGGCAAGGCUGCAGCAGGCUCUGUUAAAAAGCUGGAAGACAGACCGGGCAAAGCCAAGCUUACCUCCACAAAAGAGGACUCAUGGACCCUCUUUAAACCACCCCCUGUCUUUCCUGUGGACAAUAGUAGUGCUAAGACAGUGCCCAAGAUCAGUUAUGCAAGUAAAGUGAAAGAGAAUCUAAACAAAGCAGCAGCCCAAGCUGCAGGUGACACCUCAUUUCCCCAAUCCCAGGUGCCAACCAGACUCUCCCAAGUCCCCAUGUCUGCUGUCAAAACCAUCACCUCCCCUAGCUUCACCAAUGGACCCCUAUCUGGAGAGGGGAAUAGCUGCCCCCUCCCUGCGCCCCUUUUUACCACUACUGUUUGCACUGCCCCAAUGCCUGUCUCCCCUCCCCGCAAGUGGGAGAACGAAGCAUCCUUGUCCAGCAACGGCACUGAUAUGUCAGGCGCCCCCUCCAUGACUACCAGAGAACUGAGAAAGGCCAGUCUCCUUGUUUAUCCCCUGGCCACUUCAAAUAUGCAACCCGCCCUCCCCAGCGCCCGCCAAGUGGACUCACCUGCCGCUAAGACAAAUCCCAAAGCUCUGGUGGACAUUUUCCAGAACCAGUGGGGGCUGUCGUUCAUCAAUGAGCCCAGUGCAGGGCCUGGGGUGGGGCCGGCAGUAGUGGGACAGCCAGCCCGGAAAGGCCAGAUCGUGGAGAUCACCUUUCAGGGAGGCGGCCCUGCAGCUUUGCCUCUGCAAGUCUCUGCUACCUCCACUCUGAGACCCGACAAGCCCCUCUUCCCAAAGGCUUACGAGCAGGACAAACAGACUAUCUCUCAAGCCCCUAGCAGUGUUGGGAAAUCAGGCCCUCCCUUGGCUCCUGGCCCUGAUGCUGGGCUGGGAGGCCAAGCCCCUCGCCCAGACACUCUGAGGGGUGAGGCUGGGAGUAGAGGUGCCAUAGUGUCCUCCUCUUCUAAGGACCCUGGUGCUGAGCUGCCUCUUGCCUCUCCUGCUCAUCCUGUGUCUGCUUUGGCCAAGGAGGCCAGCCACCCCAAGGGUUGCGACCCAGGAUCUUGUUGGGGGGCGUUCGAUCUAAAAGCUGCUGUUAUUUAUCACACUAAAGGUAGGUAGCUGUUGCAUCCGAUGUUCAUUCACAAAGUUAAAUAAUUGACCUGCUACAGAAAGAGAAUGGUGCAUGUAAUACUACUGUAUUAUGAAUAUCUCACACUGUACUAAACACAUUGUUUUUAUAUUUUUACAGAAAUUGAAUAUAUUCAGAAUUUACAAAAACAAGGUAAGCUUGUAAUUCCUGCCGUAUGAUUGUGGAGAGAUCGUCAAAAACCUGAAAAGCCUCGUCUUUUAUAUUGGUAUAGUAUGUCUGAGCUAAGCAAAUCUGAUGUCUCCUACUUCUCUCCCUCUAGAUUCAAAAGGAGUUGUGUUCUAUGACCAGUCCAAGGAUGGGCCUGUUCAGUUAAGUCAUGACUGAGCGCUACGCCCUCUCCUGGCUGCCGCCUCAUGAAACGGUGCCCUGGAGGUCACUUAGAACUGCUCCCUCUCCUUUUUGAGACUCACGUUACAGGACUCCUUUGAUGUGAGCAGUUUGUGCCGUAGAGGGGACACAGUACAGCAGCACCACAGACAGAGACCACACUGAGCCUCUUACAGGGAUGCUGUCAUUCGGGAGAUUACAGGAUGGUUGAACAGUGGGGAAACAAGCUUUUUGACAUGAAACGUGUCCACAAGAGUGACUCUUACAUUUCUCCCUCAAUUUCCAUGUUCAGAGACAGGCUUGUUGAGGACAUCAUGUGGGAUGCUCAGUCAGUCACCACCUUGGCAUUCUCGCCCCAUCUUUGGAAUCACAGGAUACUGGAGAGAGAUGGCCUCUCCUCUCUCAGCCUGUCAUGGAAGAGGAAACAUUUGAUUUCUUUAGGAAUUCAAAAUGUUCACAUUUGAACUGUGAGGUAUCACAGAUGCGUAAUUAUGAAUUCAGACCGAAACAAAUGGGAAAUACUUUAACGUUUUAGAAUGGUUGCCUUGUAGAUGUGAAAACAGUGUGGCGGCAAGAAAAACUAGUUGGGGUUUUCUGCUCGAAUUCUAGAUUAAAGUAAACCAAAUAUCAUGGGGAGGCUUUUGUAAGCCCCUGCAAAACAAAUGUUUUAAUUUGGGAUUACGGAGGGGUUGGUUCACAUGUUAUUUUUCCAUGUUAACUGAAUUACACUAAUUAGAAAUCCCAGGUCAUUGGGUGGACGGAUGGAACUUCUUAUUUGUGUUCAAGGUUCAAAUCAUGAGAACAUGCAUCCCUCUCCCAUCGAGGCCUAGUCUGUUGAAUUUCAAAGUACGGUCUCAAGUCUUAGGGCUCUGUUAAUACCUGACUCUUUUUUGGGAUGUUUUUCCUCAGGAUGUGUGGUGGUUACCAACACUGCGCAAAGGCUAUACUUACGUACAUUUUCUUUUAAGAUUUAGGUUUUGGAGUUCUGGC